ACUGGGCUGCGGCGGUUAGUCCUCUCCCGGCCGCCGUCGCCUCCGACAUAUUGCCCGCAGGAGCUGCGGCGGCGGAGCGGAGAGCGCCGGGGGGAGGAGAUGGGAGGACGAAGAGGUCCCAACAGGACAUCUUACUGUCGAAAUCCACUGUGUGAGCCAGGAUCCUCAGGGGGCUCUGGUGGGGGCCAUACUUCCAGUGCAUCGGUCACCAGUGUCCGUUCCCGCACCAGGAGCAGUUCUGGGACGGGCCUUUAGCCCCCACUGGCCACCCAGACGGUUGUGCCCCUUCAGCACUGCAAGAUCCCUGAACUGCCAGUCCAGGCCAGCAUUCUGUUUGAGUUGCAGCUCUUCUUCUGCCAGCUAAUAGCCCUCUUCGUGCACUACAUCAACAUCUACAAGACAGUGUGGUGGUAUCCACCCUCCCACCCACCCUCCCACACCUCCCUGAAUUUCCACCUGAUCGACUUCAACUUGCUGAUGGUGACCACCAUCGUUCUGGGCCGCCGCUUCAUUGGGUCCAUCGUGAAGGAGGCUUCUCAGAGGGGGAAGGUCUCCCUCUUACGCUCGGUCCUGCUGUUCCUCACCCGCUUCACCGUUCUCACGGCAACAGGCUGGAGUCUGUGCCGCUCCCUCAUCCACCUCUUCAGGACCUACUCCUUCCUGAACCUCCUGUUCCUCUGCUAUCCGUUUGGGAUGUACAUUCCGUUCCUGCAGCUGAACUGUGACCUCCGCAAGACCAACCUCUUCAGCCACAUGGCCUCCAUGGGGCCCCGGGAGGCCGUCAGUGGCCUGGCACGGAGCCGGGACUAUCUGCUGACACUGAGGGAGACGUGGAAGCAGCACACACGGCAGCUGUACGGCCCAGAUGCCAUGCCCACCCAUGCUUGCUGCCUGUCCCCCAGUCUCAUCCGCAGUGAGGUGGAGUUCCUCAAGAUGGACUUCAACUGGCGCAUGAAGGAAGUGCUGGUCAGCUCCAUGCUGAGUGCCUAUUAUGUGGCCUUUGUGCCUGUCUGGUUCGUGAAGAACACACAUUACUAUGACAAGCGCUGGUCCUGUGAGCUCUUCCUGCUGGUGUCCAUCAGCACAUCAGUGAUCCUCAUGCAGCACCUGCUGCCCGCCAGCUACUGCGACCUACUGCACAAGGCCGCUGCACACCUGGGCUGCUGGCAGAAGGUGGACCCAGCGCUGUGCUCCAAUGUGCUGCAGCACCCGUGGACGGAGGAAUGCAUGUGGCCACAGGGCGUGCUGGUGAAGCACAGCAAGAACGUCUACAAAGCAGUGGGCCACUACAACGUGGCCAUCCCCUCUGACGUCUCCCACUUCCGCUUCCACUUCUUUUUCAGCAAACCGCUGCGGAUCCUCAACAUCCUUCUGCUGCUGGAGGGUGCUGUCAUUGUCUACCAGCUAUACUCCUUAAUGUCUUCUGAAAAGUGGCACCAGACGAUCUCACUGGCGCUCAUCCUCUUCAGCAACUACUAUGCCUUCUUCAAGCUGCUGCGGGACCGCUUGGUAUUGGGCAAGGCCUACUCCUAUUCAGCCAGCCCCCAGAGGGAUCUGGACCACCGGUUCUCCUAAGCCCCAGGGUGACCCCAGGGACAGCAUCCAGGCUUCAGCCAGGGGUUCUCUGGGAAGGGGCUGUUGGGGAGGGUUGGGUGAGGGGCAGAAAAACCCACAAAAAGAGACAAAAAAAAUUUACCAGAGCUUUGUAUUUUUGUUACAUACUGUUUGUUUCUUUGAUAAUUGAUGUGAUUAUGAGGGGGGGGAAAAGUCCUAUUUUUAUACUCCCAUUAAGUCUGUGUGUCAUUUGUUUCUUUCCCUUCUUGCCUCUGGGGCCUCUGUGGGUCCUGCCUUCUCCAUUGGAGAAGAGUUGAGGCACCAGAGGUUGUGGAAACAGUGGUAGCUUCUGACGGCUGAAUACUGUAUAUGGGACAUUAUUCUUAUGUGUAUUAUAGGCCUUGUCUCAAUCCAACCUUUAUGACAACCCUAGGAGGUAGGUGCUGUCACUCCAAUCUUAUAGUUGAAGAAUGAGCACAGAGAACUAUAGUGACUUGCCUAAAGUAUCACAGAAGCCAAAAAACACCACUAUCCUAGGAGAAUGUGAUGUCCUGCUGCUCUCAGCAUGCAGUCACUGAGGCCCUGCUGUGUGUCAGGUGCUGUGGUAGACAGGAUGCCAAGACAGAAACAAAAAAAGUCUUACUACACUGAGAUGGGUAUAACAGUUGCAAGAUACAGAGUACCACAGGAGAGAAUACUCUCUGGACUUUUUGGAGGAUGGGAUAGUUUGAGUUGUCAGCCACUUCCUAGGUGGACAAAAUGGGGGAAGGGCACUUCAAGGACACAUAGAAUAGCCCCGAGAUUUGGAACAUCCUGGUGUAUUUUGGAAGGGGAAGCAGAAUGUUUUCUAGAGCAGGGAGGAUAAGAAACAUGGAGCAGGGGUGGGGUGGGUCUGCAGAGAGGUGAUGGAUUAGGGAGGACCAAUGGUUCUGGGCAGGGGAGGGUGUGUAAGCAAGGUCAACUACUAGAGUGGAAACAAAGAUGCUUAGAGAGCUACCUGGCUCCUACAGGACAGGCUGGAGGGCUCAGGCUGGGAGAAAAGGACAGUCCUAGCCAGUCUACUCUGCUUUCCUUCCUUGAGCCCUUGUUAGCCACAGGAUAUGCAGAUAAGACUGUGGUGGCGUAUGGGAGACAGACACUACAACAAAAGUUUUUGGUGUCUCUGUUGAGGGAGGCAUCAUGCUAGGCAUGGAACAGAUACAAAGAUGAGGAAGAUGUCCCUUCCUUAGACAACCAGGAGAGAGAGGCAUACCUUGUGAGCAAAUUAGGGUGCUAAGUGCUGAGGAAAAUACAUGUCCAGGGCACUGGGAACAGAGAGGACAGAGAGACCCAGACUGGAAAGACAGGGUUUUUCAAGAAAGGGAGGGUUAAAUUGGAUCAUUUUAUUUUAUUUAUUCAUGAGAGGGGCAAAGGGAGAAGCAGGCUCCAUGCAGGAAGCCCGAUGCGGGACUUGAUCCCCAGACCCGGGAUCACACCCUGAGCCAAAGGCAGAUGCUCAACCACGGAGCCACCCAGGUGUCCCUGAGUUGGUUCUUGAAAGUGAACUUGUUCACCCUUUGGUCAAGGGGGAAAGGGAGGGCAUUGCAUUUCAAGCAGAGGAAACAGCACAUACAAUGGCACAAAAGAUAGCAUACUUGGGAAAGGGGGUUCCCCAAAUAUGGAUGGAGCCUGGGUUGCCUAGUGGGGAGACCAAGAAGUGAAUAAGGACCAGCCUGUGUGACAGAUUGAAAUGUUUGGACAGUACCUAAUGACAGAAGAUGCUAAGCAGAAGAACAACUUGACCAUGUCUCUGCUUUAUUGAGACAGUGGGUGCAAGUGGGAAAGCCUGGAGCUGGGAGACCAGUGAGAAGCAGGCAAAAUCAGCCAGGAGAAAACACAGAGAUUCAGCCUUGAGCAGUGGCAGUAGGAAGAGAAAGAUAAUGCUCCCUGUCCUGGCCUGACCCUGAGUUCCAGAGUUGACUUUUUGAGUUGUUUUCCUUAUCCGGUCAAGCACAAACUAAAGAAGGCAAUUUGUUGCAACAGAACCUGGAAACCCAGGUCUCUCAUCCUGCUGCCAAAAGACAGUUCCCUGUAGGACUGGUGACUUGAAGACAUAGCCUUCUGUUUGUUGAGAUGGGGGACAGGACUGGCCUGUCAUGGAGGAAGGGAGGUCUGAUGUAUACCAGCCAUAAAUUCCAUGAAUCAAAAGGCACAUGAACACUUAGUCUCAAUUUCCUUAUCUCUAAAAAGGGAGAUCAUCCUCGCUUAUUAGAAAUCACAGGCUUGGGAUCCCUGGGUGGCGCAGCGGUUUGGUGCCUGCCUUUGGCCCAGGGCGCGAUCCUGGAGACCCAGGAUCGAAUCCCACAUCGGGCUCCCGGUGCAUGGAGCCUGCUUCUCCCUCUGCCUGUGUCUCUGCCUCUCUCUCUCUCUCUCUCUCUCUCUCUCUCUCUCUCUCUCUCUCGAUCUGUGACUAUCAUAAAUAAAA